UCUUUAUCAAAUAAAAAUAUUCAUAAUGCAACAUGCAGGCACAUCAGGGUGGUGCAGAACUAGCCAGCUAGUUUACCAUAGGUAAAUAUACACACACGCAUGCACACACACAAUUUUUACCUGAGACAUGUCAGAAGUGUUUCCUAAAAUUGUGGAUUUUUCUGAGUCACUCUGGUAAAGGGUAGGUUUUCAGGUUUUAGGCCAAGCCAGAAGAAGAAAGUAAAAACAGAAUAAACAACAGGGGGAGAAAAAGAGAAAUACCCACACACAACUGGAACUUCUGGUAAAAGAGUGAUAUUCUUGGAUGCAAUGCAAGUUUUAAAAAGGAAAAAGAAAAUUUAUAAAAAGCUGCCACACUUGUGGAAUUCAACUAAAAACUGUUUAUUAUUAACAAAGUGAUGUUCAAAAUUUAAGAGUUCUUGGCCUGGCAUGAUGACUUAUGCCUGUAAUCCAAGUGUUUUGGGAGGCUAAGGUGGGAGGAUCACUUGAGGCCAGGAAUUCAAAACCAGCCUGGACAAUACGAGACUUUGUCUCUAAAAAAAAAAAAAUAAAAUAAAUUAAAAUAAACACAGCUGGAUGUGGUGGCACAGGAAAAAAAAAAUACCAUUUAGGAGUCUUUUAAAGGCGGCUUGUGAAUGCUUACAAAGCGUGGCUAGUAUCUUAUUACAGAAAACAGAGCCCACAUCAUGCAUCCUUCUUCUCACAUUUCAUAAACAAGGCCAAGGGAAACUGCUGUGGGGCAACCUGUUGCUUUGGUGUUGGUCCCCAAGAUGCAGCCCUCACAAUCUGCCCCCAAACGUGUCAGAACAUGAACCCCCUCCUCCCCCUCUGGAAGAGGCAACCUCAGAUCCAACAGCAGAGACACGCAGCAGAACAAAAUCUGGGCAUUGGUCCCUGUGUAGGAUGGCUUCCCGUUAUUUUUUUUUAAGCAAAGUAAAUGAACAUCAAAUUUCCAUAGUCAGCUGGUGUCUUUCUGCCCACUGAGAGCUCUUUGGUAAAGGCAAAGUCCUCCUUCUCCAUUAGCGGUCUCCCAUGUGGGGCCACAUCUUCCCUCACCAGGAACCCACUGGGCGCGCUCCAGCCCCGCUCAGCUUGCCUUUUGCGUGGUCAUUAGAGCUAGGGCACACGUCAUGCUGAUUCACAUAUUUUUGCCCUUUGUCAUGUAUUGAGAAAAAGUAAGGAUGAAUGGACGGUCUUUGAUUGGCGGCGCUGGUGACGCCCGUCAUGGUCCUGUUUGGAAGGACCCUUUUGGAACUAAAGCUGGUGAAGCAGCGCGGAGAGGCAUCGCCCGGCUAAGCUUGGCCCUGGCAGAUGGGUCGCAGGAACAGGAGCCAGAGGAAGAGAUAGCCAUGGAGGACAGCCCCACUAUGGUUAGAGUGGACAGCCCCACUAUGGUUAGGGGUGAAAACCAGGUUUCGCCAUGUCAAGGGAGAAGGUACUUCCCCAAAGCUCUUGGCUAUGUCACCGGUGACAUGAAAGAACUUGCCAACCAGCUUAAAGACAAACCCGUGGUGCUCCAGUUCAUUGACUGGAUUCUCCGGGGCAUAUCCCAAGUGGUGUUCGUCAACAACCCCAUCAGUGGAAUCCUGAUUCUGGUAGGACUUCUUGUUCAGAACCCCUGGUGGGCUCUCACUGGCUGGCUGGGAACAGUGGUCUCCACUCUGAUGGCCCUCUUGCUCAGCCAGGACAGGUCAUUAAUAGCAUCUGGGCUCUAUGGCUACAAUGCCACCCUGGUGGGAAUACUCAUGGCUGCCUUUUCGGACAAGGGAGACUAUUUCUGGUGGCUGUUACUCCCUGUAUGUGCUAUGUCCAUGACUUGCCCAAUUUUCUCAAGCGCAUUGAAUUCCAUGCUCAGCAAAUGGGACCUCCCUGUCUUCACCCUCCCUUUCAACAUGGCGUUGUCAAUGUACCUUUCAGCCACAGGACAUUACAAUCCAUUCUUUCCAGGCAAAUUGGUCAUACCUGUAACUACAGCUCCAAAUAUCUCCUGGUCUGACCUCAGUGCCCUGGAGUUGUUGAAAUCUAUACCAGUGGGAGUUGGUCAGAUCUAUGGUUGUGAUAAUCCAUGGACAGGGGGCAUUUUCCUGGGAGCCAUCCUACUCUCCUCCCCACUCAUGUGCCUGCAUGCUGCCAUAGGAUCAUUGCUGGGCAUAGCAGCAGGACUCAGUCUUUCAGCCCCAUUUGAAGACAUCUACUUUGGACUCUGGGGUUUCAACAGCUCUCUGGCCUGCAUUGCAAUGGGAGGAAUGUUCAUGGCGCUCACCUGGCAAACCCACCUUCUGGCUCUUGGCUGUGCCCUGUUCACGGCCUAUCUUGGAGUCGGCAUGGCAAACUUUAUGGCUGAGGUUGGAUUGCCAGCUUGUACCUGGCCCUUCUGUUUGGCCACGCUAUUGUUCCUCAUCAUGACCACAAAAAAUUCCAACAUCUACAAGAUGCCCCUCAGUAAAGUUACUUAUCCUGAAGAAAACCGCAUCUUCUACCUGCAAGCCAAGAAAAGAAUGGUAGAAAGCCCUUUGUGAGAACAAGCCCCAUCUGCAGCCAUGGUCAUGAGUCAUUUCUGCCUGACUGCUCCAGCUAACUUCCAGGGUCUCAGCAAACUGCUGUUUUUCACGAGUAUCAACUUUCAUACUGACGCGUCUGUAAUCUGUUCUUAUGCUCAUUUUGUAUUUUCCUUUCAACUCCAGGAAUAUCCUCGAGCAUAUGAGAGUCACAUUCAGGUGAUGUGCUCUGGUAUGGAAUUUGAAACCCCAAUGGGGCCUUGGCACUAAGACUGGAAUGUAUAUAAAGUCAAAGUGCUCCAACAGAAGGAGGAAGUGAAAACAAACUAUUAGUAUUUAUUGAUAUUCUUGGUGUUUAGCUGGCUGAUGUUAACAGUAUUAAAAAUCAAACCCCAUAAACCAACUAAGCCUUAUGGAAUUCACAGUCACAAAAUCGAAGUUAAUCCAGAAUUCUGUGAUAAGCAGCUUGGCUUUUUUUUAAAUCAAUGCAAGUUACACAUUAUAGCCGGAAUCUAUAUCACAGAGGUGCAAGCUGACAGCAGAGCUCAGUCCCCACUUCCUGCAAACAAUGGCCUGCACCCUAUCCCUUGUGUGUGUGACAUUCUCUCACGGGACAAUGUUGGGGUUUUGCAGACUGACAGGACUGCAAGAGGGAGAAAGGAAUUUUGUCAAUCAAAAUUAUUCUGUAUUGCAACUUUUCUCAGCGAUUGCAAAGGAUUUUUUAGGUAGAGAUUAUUUUUCCUUAUGAAAAAUGACCUGUUUUAAAUGAGAUAAAAUAGGAGAAGUUCCUGGCUUAACCUGUUCUUACAUAUUAAAGAAAAGUUACAUGCUGUAUUUAUGAAAUACUCAGCUUAGGUAUUUUUACUUUAACCCCUAAAUUGAUUUUGUAAAUGCCACAAAUGCAUAGAAUUGUUACCAACCUCCAAAGGGCUCUUUAAAAUCAUAUUUUUUAUUCAUUUGAGGAUGUCUUAUAAAGACUGAAGGCAAAGGUCAGAUUGCUUACGGGUGUUAUUUUUAUAAGUUGUUGAAUUUCUUAAUUUAAAAAAGCUCAUUAUUUUUUGCACACUUACAAUAUUCUCUCUCAGAAAUCAAUGGCAUUUGAACCACAAAAAAGAAAUAAAGGGCUGAGUGUGGUGGCUCACGCCUGUAAUCCCAGCACUUUGGGGAGCCCAGGCGGGCAGAUUGCUUGAACCCAGGAGUUCAAGACCAGCCUGGGCAGCAUGGUGAAACCCUGUAUCUACAAAAAAUACAAAAAUUAGCCAGGCAUGGUGGUGGGUGCCUGUAGUUCCAGCUACUUGGGAGCCUGAGGUGGGAAAAUGACUUGAGCCCAGGAGGAGGAGGCUGCAGUGAGCUAAGAUUGCACCACUGCACUCCAACCUGGGCGACAAGAGUGAAACCGUGUCUCUCAAAAAACAAAAACAAACAAAAACAAAAACAAAACAAAACAAAACAGGUAAGGAUUCCCCUGUUUUCCUCUCUUUAAUUUUAAAGUUAUCUGUUCCGUAAAGUCUCUGUAACCAAACAUACUGAAGACAGCAACAGAAGUCACGUUCAGAGACUGGCUCACACCUGUAAUCCCAGCACUUUGGGAGAUGGAGGUAAAAGGAUCUCUUGAGCCCAGGAGUUUAAGACCAGCUUGGGCAACAUAGCAAGACUCCAUCUCUUAAAAAAUAAAAAUAGUAACAUUAGCCAGGUGUGGCAACACACAUCUGCAGCAGCUACUCAGGAGGCUGAGGUGGAAAGAUCGCUUGUGCACAGAAGUUCGAGGCUGCAGUGAGCUAUGAUCAUGUCACUGCACUCCAGCCUGUGUGACCGAGCAAGACCCUAUCUCAAAAUAAUUAAUUAAUUAAUUAAUUAAUUAAUUUAAAAAGGAAGUCAUGUUCAUUUACUUUCCACUUCAGUGUAUAUCGUGUAGUAUUUCGGAGGUUGGAAAGUGAAACGUCGGAAUCCUGAAGAUUUUUUCCACUUCUAGUUUGCAGUGCUCAGUGCACAAUAUACAUUUUGCUGAAUGAAUAAACAGAAAUAGGGAAGUAAACCUACAAAUAUUUUAGGGAGAAGCUCACUUCUUCCUCUUCUCAGGAAACCAAGCAAGCAAACAUAUCAUUCCAAUUUUAAAACCCAGUGACCAAAGACUUUGGAACUAUGAAUUUGCAACUGUCAUAGGUUUAUGGAUAUUGCUGUGGAGAAGCUCAAUUUUCAGUGUUUGAACUGAACCCUUUCUUGUUAGGGAACGUGUGAAAGAAGAAUUGUGGGGAAAAAAAAGCAAGCAUAACCAAAGAUCAUCAGCAGUGAAGAAUCUAGGCUGUGGCUGAGUGAACCAGAGGCCUCUAAAAUGGACCCGAGUCGAUCUUCAGAACGGGGAUCUACCAUGCAGGAGCUUCUCGUGCUCACACAAAUCUGUAAAUGGGAACAUUGUACAUUGUCAAAUUUAAAUGAUAUUAAUUUUCUCAAGCUAUUUUUGUUACUAUUUUCCUAGAAUUGAAUAUUUGCAGGGAGCACUUAUACUUUUUCCUAAUGUCUGUAUAACAAAGUUCUAUGCAAGUACAUGAAUAAAUUAUGCUCACAGCUCA